AUGGCCAAAGAAAAUAUUAGUAAUAUACCUCCUUUUGAAUUAAAUAAGUCAACUUAUUCGCAAGUGGUUCAAGCGACAUAUCAAUCGGUUGUAGUUAUUAAACCUAAGGAUGAUACACAAAAUAAUAUUCAAACUAAGGCUGAUAUUAUGAACAAUAUUAAUCCCACUGAAUUAAAUAUAAAAGUUUUAAGAGUUAAGAAUACUAAAGAAUGCGGAAUACUUGUUGGGUGUAGUAAGAAUGAAGACGCAUCUAAAUUUAAAGAUGCGGCUAACGCAAAAUUAUCAGAUGCUUACGAAGUAAAAGAAAUUAAAAAUAGAAAUCCGAAAAUUAGAAUAAUUGGAAUGAUUGAGAAGCAUGAACCUGAUGAACUUAUUUCGAUACUUAAGUACCAAAAUGAUGUUAUCCAGUCGUCCAGAGUUUGA